AUGGAAUUUAAUGGUGGAUGGUCUAACUGGGGAAGCUACGGGUCAUGGUCCACCUGCAGUAAAACUUGUGGGUCCGGGACUCAGUUACGGUCCAGAAUUCGCUCCUGUAACAACCCCCUCCCUCGUAAUGGUGGCUCCUAUUGCUCAGGGUCCAGUGUUAGUACAGACCGAAGGUCAUGCAACACACAAGGAUGUCCAGUAAAUGGUGGAUGGUCUAGCUACGGUGCAUACACGGCUUGGACGCCAUGCUCCGCCUCUUGUGGAGGUGGCACACGAUCGAGGUCCCAGACCCGCACCUGCAGCAACCCAGCACCUGCCAAUGGGGGCAAAUCUUGCUCCGGAAGUAGCACUAAGACCGAGACUCAGAGCUGCAACACCCAACACUGCCCAAUUCACGGAGGGUGGUCAACAUAUGGCACUUUCAGUAAAUGGAGCGAAUGCACUGUAUCCUGCGGCGGUGGCAAAACGCAGAGAUCACAAACACGCACGUGCACUAACCCAUCACCACAAUAUGGUGGAAACUCGUGUUCGGGAAGCAACAUUAAUACAGAGACAAAAGAUUGCAAUACUCACAAUUGCCCAAUUGACGGUGGUUGGUCUGCUUAUGGGGCAUUCACUGACUGGAAUGAGUGUUCAGUUUCUUGUGGUGGUGGACAACAAAAAAGAUCGCAAACACGCACGUGCACAAACCCAGCUCCUCAGUAUGGCGGGAAAAGGUGCGGUACAAAUAACAUCAACAUCGAACAACGGGACUGCAACACUCAUCCCUGCCCAAUUGAUGGUGGGUGGUCUGCUUAUGGAGACUUCAGUGAAUGGGGUACAUGCACUGUGUCCUGCGGUGGCGGUAUGCAAGAGAGGUCACAGACACGCACGUGCACCAAUCCAGCUCCGCAAUAUGGCGGCAAAACUUGCGAAGGAGAAAGCAUCAACACCGAGGAACAGGAAUGCAAUACACAUCACUGUCCAAUCGAUGGUGGAUGGUCGGAGUUUGGGGCGUGGGAUGAGUGGGGAGUUUGCACUGUGACGUGUGAUGGGGGGUCUCAGUCACGUGACAGAAGGCGCACCUGUACUCAACCAGAACCACAAUAUGGCGGGAAACCUUGCGACGGAAGUGAAACCGAAACCGACACACGUGAAUGCAACACAUUCAAAUGUCCUCAGACAAUUUGUAACGAGGCAGUGACAGGAUACAGGGCUCACCCUACCGAUCCCAAUCGCUACCUUCAUUGCGUUGACAGUCGUCUUUACAUUGUCAACUGUUCUGAUCCGCGUCUGCAAUGGAGUGACCACAGUCAGACUUGCAACUUCGCCAGCAGUGUAGGAAGUUGCAAUGAAGGGGAGUACUUCCCUCACUCCACGGACUGCACUAAAUUCAUCCAGUGUACGAACCGUGUAGGAAUUGUCCAAUCAUGUCCAUUCGGAACACGUUGGGACAACGACAAGAAACCUGCUCCUGCAUGCGUAAACGAGGCUGAAGUUGCAUGCGCAUCAGAUAUAGAGGAAGAGGAAGAUGAACCCUCCAAUGACACUGAUACUUUCACUUGUCCGAGCAACUUCGGUUACUUUCCACACCCAAAGGACUGCACGAAGUAUUAUCAAUGUUCCUGGUCUACCCCCACAGAACUACAGUGUCCAGACAACAUGGGAUGGGACGUAUCUGUUACUAAUUGUAACUGGAAGGCAUCCCUCAGCAAUUGUGAUUAA